AUGGAGACAAAGCGAUUGCAAGUGCCCGUGAUCGGCUUGCGUCGUUCAGGCAAGAGCUCCAUUCUCAACGUCGUCUACAACGAACUGCAUCCAGAUGACACAGUCUUCCUCGAGUCCACGACGAAACCUAGCUUCAUCCUCUCAGAUAGUUUCUUACCCAUCCGAAUCAUCGAUACUCCUAGCCGCGUGCUUCUCGGCGACGUACGUCUGGAGAAAGGUAUCCCACUCGCUCCAGCAACAGCAGCUCGCGCUGGUCCACCCCCUCCUGUUCCCGCUCGAAACGCCCCACCGCAACAGCACAACGGCGCUUCAACAUCUUCUGGGCCGGGAGCUGCAGCAGCAACACCCGAAGUCUUGACCUGGACCGAAGUCUCCGCGGUAGUAUUUGUGAUCGAUGCCCAGGACGACUAUUACGAAGCGCUCUCCAAGUUGCAGACCAUCAUUCUGUCCGCUUUUGCAGAGAAUCAGACGAUCGACUUCCACGUUUUCGUUCACAAGAUCGACGGCUACUCAAACGACUACCGUCAAGACACACUAUCGACCAUCCAAGGCAAAGUGCUUGACGACCUUGUAGAUAGUAGUCCCAGCUUUGUCGCUCAGCCAUGGUCCUAUCCCGAGCCGCUUCCAGCUAAGGAGGUGAAGUCAAGCCAGAACACAAAAGACCGCAGCAGGAGCAAGAGCAAAGAUCUCAGCUUCUCGCGCUCACCAGCAGCAGGCAACUCUAGCUCGGGUGGUGGGGGAUAUGAUGCCAGUGCAUCCGAGUUCUCCAGCUUUUCCGGUGGUGGUCAUCGAUCCGAUGCGGCACCCGAACCAGGUCUCAUCAACCUCGACCAAGCUGUAAGACUUCAUUGCCAUGCCACCUCGAUCUACGAUACCAGCGUCUUUGUUGCCAUCAGCAAGCUUCAGCAGAGCUUGGCACAAAAGGUCAAGCCAGAAGAACCACUGGAACCAGAACCUCAUGCAUCCUCGAACGGGGCAGCCGAAGUCGCAUCAGCUGAUGCAAGCAAACCUACUCGUCCUCCUGCAGCCACUCUGCGCCGCAGUCUGACACUUGCUGAGUCAAUGGAACAAGUCUGCGACUCGAUCUGCUCAACAUGCCGAUUCGAAAACGGUUUCUUGUUCGACCUCCCAACAAGAACCUUCAUCGGAUCAGACUCAGCUCCUUUUGACGCAGCCAGCUUCGACCUCGUCUUUGACUACGCUGGCUUCCUUGCAAAGUUUGCAGACCUCUAUGCCGGCGUCCAGUCAGAAGGAUCGCAACAAGCUACAGCAGCAGCUUCGGCUAGCAGCGGCAACAAUUCAGCUUCGCAACUGUCGACAUCGCCUUCCUCUGCUCGACGCUUCUUGCUCGGGAGAAUGUCCAAGGAAGCAACGAAACCCGUAGAUACCGGCAGUGCUGCAAAGCCAGCUGCUUCGCAGGUCCAGAGAUGGGCUUCAUCUGUAACAAGAUUACAGCCGGAUCGCUCGCUGUGCUUCUGGCAAAUCAAUCACAGACUGGCACUGAUCGCACUGAUUCAUUCGGAUGUGCAUUCGAAGCAGACGGGUUUGAUCGACUACAACAUCACUUUCUUCCGUCGCGCUGUGCAGGGGCUGUAUGGCUUGGCACAGUCCAGCAUCUGA